UACGGCCGGGCCUGCGGUCGCCACACUCUCUCCUCUGCUCCUAAAGGGACAACAUCUCCUGAAGGUGGGCGGCCGCUCGUGACCAAGGAUAUAAAAAAAGCAAAAUCUGUGUGUGUCGCACGUCGUUUUUUCUUCAGCAAACAUGGCGACGAGACUCAGGAACCUCUUAGUCCUGGUGUUCCUCAGCGCGACCUGUGUCAGAGCUGAAGAGGAACUCGAUUAUACGAACAUGGAAGAGAGCGAGAAGACAAUUCUCACGGUGGCUGAUGCAGAGACAACGGACAAGAUCGUAAUCCAGCUGUUCAUCAUGGGAGCUCUGGUUACUGGAUAUUUCGUCCUGAUUCGAGAGCUGGGCUUGGCUGCGCUCACCAGAAUCGAUAUCGAGUUACUGGAAAAGACUUUACUGGAACUCUUCGCCUCCCGAAGCGACUAUUUUGAUGAACCGCCAACAUUCUUGGACUACCCAGAUUACCCGGGCUACUCGAGCUACUCGAGUUACAGCACAGGCCAGAGUUACCGGUCCUUGGGUCACGGCAGGUCCUUUCUCGGAAGAAUUCUCAGCAGUAUCGACCUAAUGGAUGUCACCUUUGGCGUUAUGGACGUCGAGGAGGAGACCUGCAGGAGGCGCGCCGUGUGCGAGCUCCAGAGGGCGGCCUCGAGGAUGCCCUUCCUGGGGACGUUCUUGCAGAACAUCAGUCCUUCGAUUAAGGGUAUGGAGAAGUACAAGGAGGCCCAGCAGUCAGGAUCUGCCCUGGAGGACUGCAAAUUCCUCUUCGAGUGCCCGUAUUCUUUCUUGGAAACGAACUGAAGAGCCUUGACAGACUACCUCUCCCUCCAGGCGUGAAACGCUUCGACUUUCAGGAUCGAAGCUUCACGACCCUGCGUUUUGAUGUGCUGAUCCGAGACUGAAUGCUUUGUUUGAGUUGUUAUUGUUAAUAGUACUAUUGUUUUUGUUAUGAUUAAUGUAUAGAAUAUGGACAUACUUUACGUUCCUUUUCAGUAUAGUAGUCUUUAGUAUGUCUUGUAAUUUUUCUAUAGACUUGGGGGAACACUAGAUAACCUGAUCUGAAUACAGUUGUACUCAAAUCUGCUGUGUUACACGAGUCACAAUUAGCUAUGUAUGGCCAGUAUCAGAAGUGUGAUAAAUACUCUUGUAAAUGACAUUUAUUUCAGUGUUGACGUUGAUGUUUGACUGAACGGGGUAGCUCGACAUACGACAGCUAUGAUUUGUUGAAAGUUUGACGCGAAAUGAAAACGAUUGACUAUUGACAGACGCGUUUUCCUCAGGAAGUUUUCAAGACAAUAUUCAUUACAAUCUUGCUUAGACAAUUUCUGCUAGAUUUAUAAUUAACUUAGAAGAGACUUUGCUGAAACAAAAUGAAUCUCGGGGAUUAUCUGCAAUAUUAAUGAACUGGGCAAUUUAACGUUAACCAAAGGCAUUAAACAGCAACAUUUUCCCACCUUUCUAUCCUGACGCUGACAAAAGACUAAACUGUAUAACACAUUUUCAGCAACCUCUGUAACAUUCUCAUUUUAUCAGUAUAAAUUCACGGUGUUUAAAUAAGUGACGCUUCAUUAUUACCUAUACAAAGAUCUCCAGUUGACUUAAUCCAUGCUCCCUCAUUCAUCUUAGCUUAAGGCGACUCGAUAACAAAGACGGACAUUCUGACCUGAAGAGAAAGAAGCUGGGAAGGGUAACAAAAUUUGACCUAAGACUUGACUGGGGACCUAACACAACCACCGACUUGACCAGAAGUAAAAAAACAAAAAAACAAAGACAAUUUGACUGACGGAAGUGUAUCGUAGUCAUAAUCCUCAAAUUCAUUAGAAGACAAAUGUCUGUUAUCAUUCCACUCGUUUUAUUGUCAUUAACUCCUUGUUAUCCGCUCAAAACAUUUGUUAUCAGCGUAAAGGUGUAGUCACAAACCUCACUGCUUAUUUAUCUAUUUAUUGUUGAAGCUUAACGCUGGACGUGGCUACUCUUGCAGUGAUCGCUGUAGUUUUUUUUCUAAUUUAUUGUUAAUAAAGUCUACAU